UGUCGACAUGGUGAAGCCGACGUCGUUGGAUCACGAGCUGUUGGCGCUGGUGCGUGAUGAUGGGAGAAGACACAGCGAGGAAGUGUCCAAGACGUUGUCCGAGUACAGCAAACAGGUCCUGGACAUGCAGGAGAAGAACAAGCAGCUCGCGGCAGAGCUUGACUUUGAUGCUCGAAACAUUCGAAGCGAUCCCUUUUACAACGAAGCAUCCGCCCAAGAGAUGUCCCACAUACAAAUCGAAGGCAACAAGUUCACCAAGAUGAUUGAGGUCGAGCGGCGCAAGAUUGCGCAGUACGACUUGGCGAUCCAGGACUGCGAGCGGACGUUGGCCGAGCAAAAGAUGUCGCUAGGGAAUGGCCUCGUGCUGGAAAUGAGCGAGGCGAGCCUCGUGACCAAGAUCAAGAAAAUGGAAACCGAGAUCGACCGCAAGAUGAUCAAAUUCAACGAAAAGUUGGCGGGUAACAAGCACUUGCGGAAAACGCUAGACAUCAAGCGGGCCGAGCGCGCGACCACCGACGUCUUGUACUCGACCAUCGAAGUGGACACGCUGGAGACCAAGGCCAAGAUCGACUUGGAGACCAAGGAAGUGGCGAGUCUACGGCAGGCCGUGCAAGAACAAAUCGCCGCCAUCGAGGCACUCAAGAAGGACGCUGCCGCUUGCGAGAAUGCAUGCGACGCCAAAGCUGCCGAGAUACUCAGAGAGUUGAAGAACCAAGCGGCGGAGAGCAUGACCAACUCGAUGGACGACGCGAGCAUGAUAUCUCCCAAGAAGUACCUGUCCCCGGGUGCCGACACGACGCUCAUCGAAGAAAAGCUCAACAAGUCCAAAAUCACGAGAAGUCGGUGGAAAAUCAUCCAGGAAAAAGUCACGUCGGAAAUAUCCGUCCGAAAAUACAACGAAAACCGGGAAUUUAUCGAGCGAAUCCACCAAGUGUCGGGCACGAAGACCGUGAUGGAGCUGAUUGAAGCGUUCAAUACGCAGGAAGUGGAGCAUUUCGCCAAGAUCCAAUACGUGAACCAACUGGCCGAAGACAUCGAGACGCACCGGACGCAAUGCUCCAAGCUGCGCGAAGAGAUUGGCAAGAUGAAGCUGCGCAACGAUGCUGUGGACGUGCAGAAGAUGCAGCGCACGAAAACGUUAAAGUCGCGAAAGGAGAAAUCGCAAGAGCAGGAAGCGCAUUUGGUGGACAAGAUCAACGAGAUCCAGCAGACGAUCGCGGUCCUGAAACCCGCGCUCAUGGCCCUGCAUGUUCGAAUCGGAUGCAAGGAGAACCAAGACGAGAAGAGUUUGCGGGGCAUUCUCGGUGAAGUGGAACACAAAAUGGCAGAGAUCAUUCACGCCAUGCACGCAAAAUCCCUGCGAAAGCUCGCAGUACCCGAACUCUCGCUGCCCCCGUCGCUCAUGAACAGCACCAGCUCGAUCCCAACCAUCUCGUCGGACCCGUUAAUCCUGGGCAAGAGCGAACAGCCGUAUCGAUACAUGGGCGUGCGGCCUCCAACGUUGACACUGAGUGAGAUGCACAGGAAGGAGAAUGCGGAGGAAGAGUACCCCCUCACGUACGACGAGCUUAAGGCCAAGGUGUGGCGGAGCGGCAAAGACAGCAUGAGCAACACAUCCUCGUCGUUUGACAGCACCAAGUGAGGUGUCGCUCAAAAUAGUUUCGUUCAAUAUAUGGCUGAUCUAAUUUAAUCGUUGGUGAUUCAAUAAAUGCACCAAUCCGG